UAGAGCUUGGUGAGGUUCUGAAAGCAGUGUAAUAUAAUAUUUUGGCAAACUGCAAGGAGGUUACCUCGGGAAAGUUCAGAAUGAAAAGAUUUAUGUAAAGCCUUAGGAAAAAAAAUCUUGAUUUCAAGAUUUUGCUUGACGGUGUCCAGAUUUGGACAGAAGGGCGUGUUCUUUUAAAUACUAACAGUGGAUUGCCGUAGAACGACGGCCUCUGAAAUGCAGACUACGUUUUUGGUUCAAGGAACAGAAAGUCUGUUCAAGAGGCAGAAAGUACAUUCAAGGACAUUAAAGCUUUCACGAACAUUUUUAUUUAACUGUGAAAUUUGUUUACCCAACGAGAGAUGGUAUCAAUAGGGUGAUAGCAUACGUGAAGCAUUUUGCACUCCGCCCAAUCUGGGUAGCCUAAGUCGCUCUGACCAGCCCGACCUGCUUUAGAACGCCUCCAUUGGAAAGGAUUCUGAAAGAAAUGAAGAAAACCAUAAGAAAUGAAGUCAGUAGCCUCGUGGCCGCCUGUUGACUGGACUGGAGUCUUAUUACUGCAAUUUCUUGCAAGGAAGCUCUACAUAAUGUCUGCUGAGGUCAUCCAUCAGAUUGAGGAGGCCCUGGAUGAGGAUGAGAAAGAAAUGCUGCUUUUCCUGUGCCAGGAUGUUGCUGCAGAUUUGGUUCAAGUUAAUGUCAGGGACCUUUUGGAUAGUUUAAGUGAAAAAGGGAAGCUGUCUUUCAUGGGCCUGGCUGAGCUGCUCUACAGAGUGAGGAGGUUUGACUUGCUCAAGCGGAUCUUGAAGAUGGACAAAAUGACAGUGGAGGCCCACCUGCGCAGGCACCCUCAUCUUGUUUCGGACUACAGGGUGCUGAUGACCGAGAUUGGUGAAGAUUUGGAUAAAUCUGAUAUGUCCUCAUUAAUUUUUCUCAUGAGGGAUUAUAUGGGCCGAGGCAAGACAGCUAAGGAUAAGAGCUUCCUGGAUCUUGUGAUAGAACUGGAGAAGCUAAAUCUGGUUGCUCCAGAUCAGUUGGACUUAUUAGAAAAAUGCCUAAAGAACAUCCACAGAAUAGACCUGAAGACAAAAAUCCAGAAAUACAAGCAGUCUGCUCAAGAAACAGAAACAAGUCACAUAAAUGGUUCCCAGGCAUCUCUCACAAACUUGAGUCUUAAGGAUCCUCCAUAUAACUUAAAGAACGCGAGGAGUAAAGAACAAAGACUCAUGGUGAAACAGCCUGCCAUUCAAAGAAUACCAGUGAAGACAUCCAUUCAAGAAUCAGGAGCAUUUUUGCCUCAGCCCAUACCUGAAGAGAGAUACAGGAUGCAGAGCAAGCCCUUAGGAAUCUGCCUGAUAAUUGAUUGCAUAGGCAAUGAUGCAGAGAAUCUGCGAGACACCUUCACUUCCCUGGGCUAUGAAGUCCGGCGUUCCUUAUAUCCAACUGUGGACAAUAUAAUUCGUGUUCUUUACCAAGUUUCCCAUAUGACUCAACACCAAGACUACGACAGCUUUGUGUGUGUCUUGGUGAGCCGAGGGGACUCCCAGAGGCUGUUUGGCGUGGAUCGAACUCACUCAGGGUUGGCUUUGGAUCAGAUCAGGAGAAUGUUCAUGGGAGAUACAUGCCCUUCUCUCUUGGGAAAGCCGAAGAUCUUUUUUAUUCAGAACUACGUGGAGUCAGAGAGCCGCUUGGAGGACGGCAGCAGCCUCCUGGAGGUCGACGGGCUAUCAGCAAGCAAUAUGGAUUCCAGGCCAAGGCAGUCGGGGGCCAGCACGGUUCACCAAGAAGCUGAUGUCUUCUGGAGCCUGUGUGAAGCAGAUACGUCUCUGCUGACACAGCGCUUAAACUCACCAUCCGUGUACCUACAGCACCUCUCCCAAAAAUUGCGGCAACAAAGAAGGCAGCCACUUGUGCAACUCCACCUUCAACUGAAUGACACUGUGUGUGAGUGGAACAGCAGAGUGCCUCACAAGGAGAGGUACCGCAUCGUGCUGCAGCAUACGCUGAGAAAGACCCUCAUUCUCUCUUGCAAAUGAAAAGGCAAAGGCCCUUUUUCAGUCUUUCACUCUCCAUCACUAUCCCGCAGAGAAUGGCUGUACCUCUCACAGCCACAUCAGAAAUACAACUAAAAUACAGAAGCACCCUCACUCAGAGCCUCCUGAAAUCUGGCUGUACAGAAGCCCCACAACCAGGGAACUGAAGAAGCAACGAGACCGGGAGGAGGGGCCGAGGUGCAGGCUGGAGACGUGGGCAGAUCUGGGCUGAAGCCUGGAGACUCAGCCUCGGAGGGACAUCUCGGCGGUAGAAGUUUCCCGGUGAAGUGAAGGGUCCCGGCCCCACAUCAGGCGCCGCCCAGCCCAGGGUGCCCCGGGCUGGAAAGAGAAGUCCCACCACUUCAGGCUGUAAAAGACAGUGGGGACUGUCGCUGAGG